AUGGAGGAGGACCCGUAUGAAGGCCUUGUGGAAGAGAAGUUCAAUCUCUCACAAAAGGCUCUCCAGGGAAGAUGGAUUCAGUAUCCCUUACGGUGCUUCGUCACUGUCGUCAAGGACAAAGUGUACUUUGAUGGGGGUGUCACCUACGACUUGGUGAAACACUCUAAUGGCAAAUUCGAGGUCGGUGGUUAUAUCGCCAACCCUGAGCUCUCCUCGGCAAGCGAGAUACACUGGAGUUUACCAACGGGUGAAACAGCGACGUGGACCUAUGAAGGAGAGAACGAUGGGUUUGGAGGUACAGUCGCCGACGUGGACCCGACGCUGAUUAUCACUGAGGGCGGCCGAUCGAAACGCCACAAGCCGCCCGUGGACUAUGCUGCUCUUGAGGCUCAAUUGAGGCGAGAGGAAGCGGGGCUCACCUCAGAGUCGAGUGGCCCGACUGAACGGAGAUCCUCAACUGACUUUACGAUGGGAGCUCAUCAGGUCGCCAAGAACGCAGCUGCUGCGAAGGCGUAUUCGAUUCUUCGGGAUAAGAUCAUACUCUGGCUUGGAACCACCAACACUAGGAGAAUUGACAGUAUCGUUAGAAAACGUGGCGAGAUUCAUCAUCAUUUCGAGAUCCCCGGCAUGGUUGACGAGGGCCUCUCUCAGCUGAAGAACGACUAUGAUUUGGAAUGCUCCCAUAAAGAUAAGAUGACUUUUGUACGUUUCACGUAUGACCAGUGGAGGAAAGCACUCGAGAAAGAGAAUCUCCAAAUAGCUGAAGGGCGUUCCGGCGAGUCUCCGGAAGUGCCAAGUUCACCUCGGAAACGGUGCCUUUGUGUUUCCUAUUCUUCCCCAACAAAGGGAGACGUGGGUAAAGUAGCUGCUGAACUUAAUCUUGUUCCCGAGGGUACGCUCCUCGAAACUGAGAAGAUAAAACCACUACUCGGAGUUCUAGAUCGGUAUGUUAUGGAUGUUGAGACUCUCCGCGACACUAAAAUCGGGAGAAUUGUCCGUCGGUAUUCACGGCAUGAGGAUCCCGAAGUGCAGGAGGCUAGUAAAGGCCUCAUUGCAAAGUGGAAAGCCGUGUAUAGAGAUGCCAAAGCUAGUGAACAUUAGAACACUUUUUUAUUUUUCAAUUUCUGUCCCGG